GCUGAAUCUUUUUGUUGGGAGGUUUUCAUGGACCCCUGAUGCCCAGUGACUUCUAGUGAUGGACUUGGGCAGGGGACCUUGAAACUCAAUGUGCUCAUCCCUUGUUUUUCUCCAAAUCAGGAUUUCCCAUUCCCAAACCUUGGCAAGAUGGAGGAGGAGGCCACAAGGAAGAGGAAGAUUCCCCAGGACAGCCAGGCAGACAAGGAGCUGAGGAUGGAGACCAGGGGGAACAAAUCCCCGCAGCAGAACCUCGUGGAACAGGUUUUGAGCGGCUCCAUGGUGCAGGAAUCCAAAAGAGAGGAAAAGCUCCGGAGAUCCUGCAGGAGGAAGGACUCCAAACCCAUUCCAGGGUGCUCUGAGGAGGAAAGACCCAGCCUGUGCCAGGAAGGUGGACAGAGCUUCAGCCGGGGCUCUGAGCUGGUGGUCCCUGAACAGCCUCAUGAUGGGGAGAAGCCCCACACAUGCUUGGAGUGUGGGAAGAGCUUCAGCCGGAGCUCCCUCCUGAUCACACACCAGCGGAUCCACACAGGGGAGAGGCCCUAUGAGUGUCCCCUGU